AUGUAUUCCUCUGUAUUUCUUGACAGGAAGGCCUUUCAUGAACUUUCUACGCUUUUCAAUGAGAUGUGGGAUGCAGAUGUUCACUGCCUUAGGCCUGGGAAAGAGUACACAAUUGAUGUGCAGGGAAAAGCAGGUCCAGCACAGCAAGGUGACAGUGCUGUCCAGGACAAUGCAGCCAGACAUCUGUUUCACAAUGUAAAUGAAGAAUGUCUGAGGAGCAUAAAAACUUUUGCAACCUUUAUUUCCUUAUUGGACAAUUAUAAGACAUAAACUGGUGUAGCAGAAGUAGUGACUCCAGAACAAAUAGUUGAAAACAAUUGUUUCCUUGAUGUCAUCUUAGCAACAGAAGUCAUGAGACUAGCUCAUGACUAUCUGUUGAAAAAGCUAGCAAAGCCAAACCUUGCUGAUUUCAAACAUCAGCUUUAUGACAUCUAGUUCCAACUCUAUGCCAGGAAAGAAGGAGACAGACCUGAUUCUUGUGGUUUUGAACAUGUUUUUGUUGAAGAAACAAGGUAUAGUAAAGAGAUCUUAGGUUUGCACAACUGGGUGCAAUUUUACCUUUAGGAAAAGUGCAACCAGACUGAUUACAAGGGAUGUGGCUUGGAAGAAGAAAACCAGGAGAAGAACAAGCCUUUGCCUGACAAAGAUGACCAAGUUUUGAGCAUCCAGUUUGGCUGGAAGGGCUCAGUCAAGCCAGUUGGAAGCACCUUUAUUGGUGUCAGCCCAGAGUUCAAAUUUGCCCUUUACACAGUCAUUUUCCUGCUAUCUGAAGAAAGAGCCACAUGUGAAACAGAAGAGCUACAGAUGGUUGUCUGGCACCGUGGGCACCACAUUGGAACAGUAUAUCCAGUACUGCUCAGCACCACUAGUGAAGAGUAGUGGAGUGAGCAGGAAACUUUUUUUUAAACUGGGGGAAAGAAGGAGUGGUGGAGAGAGGAGGAAUGGAUGGGGGGGUGGACAGGACAAGACAGCAAAGUUAAUAUGUUGUUUUAUACAACUCAUUUCAAGUAAAAAUUGAUGACUCUGUCUCUUUUGGUCUGCAAUGGAAUGUUUAAUCAGUAGUGUGCUGUGACACUGAGAAACCAUGAAACAUACUCCUGUUCACAUUAAAUCUACAUCUAAAUUACAUCAGUCUUCUCUUGUGCAUGUACUUUUCAGCAAAUUAUAACAUUUAGGAAAAAGGUAUUAAAGUUUAUAUACAUAUUUCUCAUAUUUGUUAGUCACUGCAUAUCUAAAAGAGCAAUAAACACACAUUGCUUACACUUUACCUUCCAGACAGAAGUUUGAUUUGGCACAAGCAGAACUCCAGGAUGUUUUAGUCUCCUUUUCUCAUUUCAUAAGAGGUUAAUUUCAAAUGCAUUAUUACAAUACAAUGACCUGGACACACAGGGAACACAUUUAGGUGGGGAGAUGGUCAUUAGAUCCACAGUGGGCCUUAAAAUAUUUUCUGUUACUUAACACAAUUUUCAUAUAUUCCCUAUGUAUUCCUGAAACACCUGGAUGACAAGUUCAUGAUACAGGUACUAAGAGGGCCGACUCAGAAAGAUGCACUCCUGGAUUUGCUGCUUAUCAACAGAGAGGAUCUUGUGAUCCUCUUGGGUGAAGAUUGGUGGUUGUCUUGCCACUGUGACCAUGAAGCCAUCAAGUUUAAAAUCUCUGGUACAACACUGGACAUGAAAAGAGCAGAAUUCAGGCCGCUCAGGGAACCAGUAAGUAAAGUCCCCUGGGAAAAUGCUUUUGAAGGUCCUGGGGUUCAUCAGUGCUGGUCACUUUUUAAGCAUCAGCUCCUGAGGGCACAGGAACAGGCAAUUCCUAAAAAUCAGAAAUCAAGAAGAUGAGGCAGAAUGCCACUUUGGCUGAACAGGGAUCUUCUUUUAUAGAUAAGGUAAAAAAGGAAGGUGUACGCCCAGUGGAAGCAAGGUCAGGUGAUGUGGAAGUAAUACAGAGAUGCUGCUCACCACUGUAGGGGGAGAAUUUGUGUGGCCAAAGCUCCAUUGCAAUUGAAGCCACUAGGAAUGUGGGGCACAAUAAAAAGAGGGUUUUAAAAAUACAUUAAUGGCAAAAGGCAGUGCUAAAAUGAUAUCAGCCCAUUAAAGGAUGAGGAUGGUCACUUCACAAACAGGGCUAUGGACAAGGUAGAGAUGUUUAAUGCUUUCUUUGCAUCUGUCUUCAACACUGAUGAUGGACUAAGGAGGUCCCUGCACCCUGAGCUACAGGACUGACUGUGAGAAUAAUUAACUGAGUUAGCCCUGAAGGUGUGAGGGAUCUACUGCUCUAGCUGGAUGCCUGUAAAUCUAUGGUGUGUGAUGGGAUUAAUCUGAGAAUACAUAAAGAACUGGCUGAUACCAUCAUGAGGCAUCUCUUGAUAAUUUUUGAACAGUUUUGGGAAUCUGGAGAGGUCCCAGUUUUCAAAGAGGGCAAGAAGGAUGACCCUGGAAGCUACAGGCCUGUCAGUCUCACUCCAGUGCCUGGUAAAAUUAUGGAGAUGAUGAUGAUUAUUCUGGGAUGUAUUGAGAAACCUGAAGGACAACACAAUCAUUGGUCACAGCCAGCACAUCUUCAUGACAGCAAAGUCCUGCUUAUCAAAACUAAUUUCCUUUUAUGCUAAGGUAAUCCAGUUGAUCAAAAAACAUCAGUAGAUGUAAUCUUUUUGGAUUUCAGUAAGGCUUUGGACAUCAUCUAUCUCAGUGUGCAGCCCACAGCUGGAUAAACACAUUGUGUGAUGGGCAAGGCUCAAGCACAAAGAAUUACAGUAACUAGGGUGACAGUAGACUGGUAGCCUGUAGCUUGUGGGGCUCCACAGGGUGCCAUAUUAAGUAAGCUUGCUGAUGAUACAAAAGGAGAGGAGCUGUUGACUGCCUUAAGUGUGAAGAGGCCCUGCAGAGUGCCCUGUAUCAAUGACAGGGCUGGGCAAUCACCAACUGUGCAAAGUUUAACAAAGACAAGGGCUGGAUUCUGUACCUGGGAUGGGACAGCCCUGGAUGUACAGACAGACUGGGGAAUGAGAGGUUGGAGAGCAGUGCUGUGUAUAGAGACCUAGGGUCCUGUCCUGGUUGAUGGCCAGCUGGACAUGAGCCAGCGUCCUGGCAGCCAGGUGGGUCAUGCCUAUCCUGAGGGCACCAGGCCUGCAUCGCCAACCAGGCCAGCAAGGGGAUUGUCCUGCUCUGCUCUGGGCAGGGAUGGCCUCACCUUGAAUAUUGUGUGUUGUUUUGGGUGCUACAUUCAAGAAUAAUCUGAAGCUGUUAGAGAGCAUCGAAAGUAGGGUUACAGAGAUGGUAAAAGGCCUGGAGGUGAAGCCACACGAGGAGAAGCUGAGGGCACUUGGUCUGUUCAUCUGGAGAAAAGCAGACUGAGUUCAGAGCUCACAGCAGUUCUGCA